GGUCAUCGCAUAGAUGUCCUUCGAAAGUGACGGUAAUUUUCACUUUCUGGUGCAAAUAAUUCCACCAAACGCUUCGUUCUUUUCUUCUUUGGCUGCAUACGACGACAUUGCUGCUGUUGUGUUACAGGAAAAAUUCAUCCAAAACGGCGUGUUACUGAAGCAGGCCAAUGCAGCCUACAUUGCUGCACUAAACUCGGAAGGUAUUCUAACAUUUGGCCAGUGCACCAAGACAAAUCUGCACGUGUUCGAGUGGAAGCCGGAAACCUGCGAUAUCACCGACUCCGAGAGCCUCGAAAGCGGCUGGUCGUUAGUUGAUCCGAUUUCUCGCCAGCCGUCACCACAGCAACAGCAGCAGUCUGCUUCGAUAGCAUGCAUACCAGUGCGGGCGACCAGUGAGGAACCACCAGCCACGACAGGUGCCACAACGAAAGCGAAACUGUCCAUCCGCGUGUUUCUGCGCGAACUGAAAGGUCUCGAAACCUACAGGGACGAACUGCGAUUUUACAACCACGAUCAUACGUUGCACAGUGUGUAUCUCUUCCGGCAAACUUCGACCAGCGUACUGCUCCAGCUGCUGGAACGUUUCCGUUGCGUACGGAAGAGCACACAUCGGAAGAAUUUCUACCGUUGCAUUGACGAUCCGGAUCAGGAUAAGCUACAGAAAUCGUUUUCCGAGCUCAACAUUGCCGAUAUACGGGCCCGUCCUCGACCGCGGCCGUACAUGGACAUGCUGUCGAAGUGGGCCAACGUGCAGACAAUACUUCCCAUUCAUCGACCAGUGUCUCAAAGUGCAAUUCCCGCCGAGCUGCGACUGAGUAACUUGAACGCCAGCGACGAAGCAGAUUCGAAUCGACAGUCAACACAGUCAACAGAUCAGCGGCAAACUCAGCCAGUUGCUAUUAAUGGUGGGGCGGACACAACGGAAUCCAGAAAGCUUGCUCCUCGACCUGCGGUACAUCGUGGAUUGCCACUAGACGCAGGAACCUGGGAGGAUGUAAAGUGCCCGAAUGGAUCCAUUUCCGAUCCGGAACGAGUCAAGGAAAUAAUUUUCCGUGGGGGCAUCAAGCAAGACAUACGAGCAGAAGUGUGGAAAUAUCUGCUCGGUUUGGACAUCUGGGAGCACACGGUCCAGCAGCGAGACGAGCGAAGGGCUCACAAAACACAGGAAUACUUUCAGAUGAAGUUCCAAUGGCUCACGAUGACCGCAACGCAAGAGCAUAACUUCACUGGCUACCGCGAACGCAAGUGCCAGAUCGAAAAGGACGUGAAGCGAACGGAUCGAACGUACGAGUUUUUCGCCGGUGAUGAUAAUCCCAACCUGGCCAAACUGCAGGACAUUCUCAUGACGUACGUUAUGUACAACUUCGACCUCGGUUACGUCCAAGGAAUGAGUGAUUUGCUUGCCCCGAUUCUCAGCCUGGUGCAGAAUGAAGCGGAAAGCUUCUGGUGCUUCGUGGGCUUCAUGCACAAAGUAUUUGCCAACUUCGACAUCGAUCAGAAGGGUAUGAAGCAGCAGCUGGAACAUUUGCGCGUGCUGCUAUCGUUUGUGAACGAACGGUUGUUCAAUUAUAUGCGCGAGAACCAGUCGGAAAACAUGUACUUCUGUUUCCGCUGGCUGCUUGUGUGGUUCAAACGCGAGUUUUCCAACUCGGACAUUAUGCAGCUGUGGGAGGUGCUAUGGACAGGGCUGCCCUGUCCGAACUUUCAUCUGUUUGUGUGCGUUGCCAUACUGGAUCAGGAGAUGGACGUGUUCAUUGAGGGUCAGUUUAGCUUUACCGAGAUACUGAAGCACGUGAACGAACUUUCGGGCAAUUUGAAUCUGGCUGCCGUACUCGAACAAGCCGAAAGCAUCUAUCUGCAGUUGAAGCAAACACUGGAAGCAUCGUCCAAAGAGUUGUACCACGAGCUAAGGAAAAUUAUCGGCGAACAGCUGACUUCAAGCGAUGGCAGUGGCACGAUGGGAAACACAGAUGACGAGGAGGAUGACGACGAUAGUUGCAUGUCGAUCGUGAACGAGCGCUCGCCGGUGGAGAAGGAAAUCCUGCAAAGAAAGCUGGACGAGGCUUGCGAUCUUUCGUUAAGUUACAUGUUUUUCUAA